AUGAGAGACUUCCGGUCGAGGCCGAUCAAGUGUUAUCUUCCACGAGUCCGCUUCCUCACCCUACAUUAUGCGUAUUUUAUUGUGGUGACACUGGUCUCCUCUGCGAUCCUGUGGGGGGCCUCGACACCCGCCCACAGUCUUCGGUAUAUUGAUGCCCUAUAUCUGGCGGUCAGUGCGAUGACACUGGCCGGCAUGAACACAGUCAACUUAUCAACUUUGAAUACAUUUCAACAAAUAGUCCUGUUCUUCUUGAUCAUUACCGGUUCUGCUAUCUGGGUAUCGAUUGCGGUGGUUCUGACCCGCAAACGUGCCUUUGAAAACAGAUUCAGCGAGCUGAUCAAAGCAGAGCGGCUGGAGCGAAGAACGCGAAGCCAGAAUGGACCCGGUCGCUCACUGACCCGGUCCCGCUCAUUCUUGCCAGAGACCAAGGCACCGGAAGAACAUCCAUGGGUACCCGGUGUUCUACCGAUGAUCCGCUCUCCGGGGCAGGGAGGGCCCCAUCGAACCCAUCUUGCAUCGGAUGGUGAAGCUUCCGAGAUACAGGGGCGAGGGCUGUACUCUCCGCGAGCUGAGUCCCAUGACCAGUCACCAAGGCGCAAUGGCCAGGGAGACGACCCCGACCCUCGCGGUGCCAAGGAGGCAGAUUCAGAAUCCACCGCAGAAAUUCUUCGGUUUCAGAAGACUCAUACAGGCACCGAACCCCAUGUUGCAUUCAAGCCCGACGAACAGGGCAGCUCCGUCCGGCGUCGCAUGCUUUCCCCGUACACGAAUGUCUUGAAUCGCACCAACACACUAGGAGAGUUGGAGCGUGGGUCAACUGCGGAUCACACCGCGGACAAGGAGCUGAAUAGAGAUAUUUUCGAGAAGCUGAAACGCAACUCCUCAUUCUAUAAUCUCACCGAAGAUGAGCGCCAGAGUCUGGGUGGUGCAGAAUACCGCGCCAUCUGCUUGUUGUCUAUCAUUGUGCCCAUGUACUUUUUCUUGUGGCAGCUGCUCGGCGGGCUUGGAGUUGGCGCCUACCUCGCCAACAAUAAGGCCUCAGUCACAGAGGCGAAUGGCUUGAAUCCCUGGUGGGCGGGCUUUUUCUUCGCGAUCUCGGCCUUCAACAACUCUGGAAUGAGUCUGGUUGAUGCGAACAUGGUUGCUUUCCAAACGUCGACUUACAUGCUCAUUACCAUGGGUCUCUUGAUGCUGGCCGGUAACACUUGUUACCCAAUCUUUCUGCGCUGGAUUGUCAAGGCCGUUCGCCUCCUGCUUCCCAAGCACGGCUACUUUGAUCAGUUCCGUGAUACCUUGACCUUUCUCUUGGAUCACCCACGUCGAGUGUACACGACCUUGUUCCCCUCGGCUCAUACCUGGUGGCUUGUUCUCUCGGUCGUUGUUCUAAAUGGUAUUGACUGGAUUGCAUUUGAAGUGCUCAAUCUCGACAACCCGUCCGUCACGUCGAUCCCGACCGGAGCCCGCGUACUUGACGGGCUAUUCCAGGCGCUCUGCGUUCGCAGCGGAGGCUUCUAUGUGGUCAGCAUCUCCGACCUCCAACUUGGAACGCAAAUGAUCUAUGUGGUCAUGAUGUACAUCUCGGUGUAUCCUGUUGUUAUCACGAUGCGUCACUCGAACGUGUACGAAGAGCGCAGUCUGGGGAUAUAUGCGGACGAUCCAUCUGCGGAAGAUGGACACACCGACUCGUCCUCUGAUGAUUCGAGAAGCGCAGUUGCCAUGGCUCCGACCAUCGGCAGGCUAUAUUUUAUUCGGCACCAAUUACGCUCCCAAUUGGCAUAUGAUCUUUGGUGGAUUGCACUUGCUGUGAUCAUCAUCUGUAUUGUCGAAGCAGGACAGUUCACCAGAGAUCCUGUCACAUUCUCGGCGUUGAAUAUCAUUUUCGAGACUGUGAGCGCAUACGGCUGCGUGGGCAUCAGCACCGGUCUUCCCAAUGAAUUUUACAGUUUCUCCGGGGCGUGGCACACUCUAAGCAAGCUGGUUCUUUGUGCUGCCAUGAUUCGAGGACGCCACCGUGGUUUGCCUGUUGCGAUCGACAAGGCGAUCAUGCUUCCGAGUGAUAGACUCCUCGAAGCCGAAGAGGAAGACGCUGAAAUCCGGAUGGAGAGGACUAUGAGUCGAAGAUGA